AUGUUUUGUCACUGUGAUUUACAGGAUGUCGACUGCAUUUCACAUCAACAGCGGCUUUUUCCCAAAUGUUUGUAUAAGAUCGAUGAAAAUAUUCCACCGCUAACUUGCGUCGAGGCAAUUGAAAAAUGUCAUGCAGAAAACAGAUGCCACCGAUUCUUAUCAAUUUUUUUCGAUUAUUGUCCUGUAAAUGAAGCGCAAUGUAGGCUAUCGGAAUUUGAACACUGCAGACACGCUUUAAUUGCUGUACGUGGCACUUAUUUGGAAUAUCCUUGUUAUUGCUUCCAAAACGAUCAUAACUGCUUGCGGUAUCAAAAUGCUAUGCUUCCUAAAAAUCCUUGCAUCGAACAAGCAAUGAUUGACUAUGGUGCAGACAUAAAGGGGAAUGCUAAGAAGGAAACGGUUAAUUCAAUUAGCCAUUCAUUUAAUGCAAUGAAUAAGGCAGUAGAUCCAGGUGAAGCCAAGGAUUAUUCUAUAAAUAAUGAAUGGCGCAGUAUUUCAUCAUCGCAAGAAAAUAAUGAACAAAGUCUUCAAAGCACUAAAGAUUUUAAAAGUGAUAUAGGCAUAAAUAUGCAUCACACUUCAUCCGAUAAAGCUCAACCUGUUAAUGCAUUCGAUGCUCGGAAAAACUCAGCAGAAAAAGUUAAAGCUAUAAAUAAGAUAGCUGGAACUCUGUCUCACGAAAAAACUAACGAACACAAUAUAUAUAUUAACAACGAUAUGCACAGCAAUUUAGCUGAUAAGAAAGCAAACCAAGCGAAAUUAAAUCGGAGUCACAAGAACGAAAUUACCAAUAAAUAUGAUCAAAAAAAUCUAUAUGUUAUCGAUACCAAUAAUAAUGUAAUGGAAAUAAUUAAUACUGAAAGAAGUGACACCACAACCAACGAAAAGAUAAGCAAUGGUCGAACUGAUUUCGAUAACAAGACAAAAGUGAAUGAAGGUAGUAGUAGCAGUACUGAUUAUCGAAAAUAUGACAAAAAUGAUCGGCAACAACCAUUUGAUAAUUUAAUAGAUGUUUCGAAGCCAGUUAUUGUUGGAAGUAUAUAUUCAGACGAAGAGAAGAGAAGUACCUCGAUUUCCGACAAAGCAAAACCUCUAGCAAAAAUGAAACCUUCAUUAUCGAAAUCUGCACCAAAAAAUAAAAUGGAACUCGAGGAAACUGAUUAUAAUGAGCGAUACCAGGCAAUCAAGUUCAUGAAUUAUACUCCUCCUCCUGAAGGAGGGUGUGCAUCGAGAGAUUUCAAUGGUAAUUGGAUAAUCCAUCGUAAAGGAUCAACUAUAAGACGCUAUUAUGAUUGGGCUGGUCGGUGUUCUUCUUGGUGUAUAUGCAUGGAAAAUGAACAGUUAAGUUGCACUAAACUGCCAUGCUUAGAUGAGGGGAACUGUAAAGCUCCACUUUCUGAAGUUGGUCAGUUUAUCUUAAUUCGAGUUUCAUGUCAUGAUAAUGUGGAAUAUUAA